AUGAGAGGACAGUGCUGUAUUGUGAACAGUAUAGUUUGUGUGAUGUGUGUGCGAGCGAAGUGGGUGGUGCUGUGGUCGCUGUGGGCGGCGCGGCUGGUGCGUCAGCCCACAGCCACAGUACGGGUCAGCAACGGACUACUGCGGGGCGCCGUCGCACACGAUGGAUCAUACGUACAAUACAACGGAAUACCAUUUGGGAGUGUUACCGAUGAAACUAAGUUCCAAGCACCUGGUCCAGAGCCAAAGUGGGAUGGUAUCUAUGAUGCAAUUCACGAGGAAAUCAGAUGCAACCAGCAGUUUUCUACCAACCUGGCUAUAGGACGACGGGAUUGUUUGACCCUGAACAUAUAUACUCCAUUUAAUACCGACCCUGGAGAUAAGCUCGCUGUAAUGUUUUUUAUUCAUGGUGGAGGAUUCUUUCAAGGGUCUGGAUCUUCAUUUUUUUAUGGACCAAGAUAUCUGGUAUCUAAAGGAGUGAUUUUAGUAACUAUCAACUAUAGACUUAAUAUACAGGGAUUUCUUUGUUUGGGAAUUAAAGAAGCACCAGGAAAUGCAGCUUUGAAAGAUAUGGUGGCUGCUUUGAAAUGGGUGCAGAGGAAUAUAGCCAGCUUCGGCGGGGAUCCUGAUAACGUAACGAUAUUCGGAGAAAGCGCUGGGGCAGCAUCAGUUUCGUUUUUGGUCUUGUCUCCGAUGACCAAAGGGUUGUUUCACAAAGCUAUCACACAGAGUGGAUCUUCAUUAGCACCUUUCGGCUUGCAGUUCAAACCAAUUUUCCUAGCUAGCUUACUAGCUAAAGUUAUGGGGUUUAUAAGUCAAGAUCCCGUUAAACUGUACGAAUAUUUCAUGACGAAAUCGGAUGAUGAAUUAAUAUUGACAAGAGUGCCGAGAAAGGAGGGACAUGUUAUAAUAUCAGAAAUCUUGUACACGCCGUGCGUAGAAAAAGUAAUUGAAGGUGUCGAGCCGUUCUUGAUACAAUCACCACAGGAAGCGCUCUCAAAGGGAGAGUUUAAUAAAGUACCGAUGAUUAUAGGCUCUAAUACUCAAGAAGGGAUCAUGAUCUUAGAAAUGGACAAUAGCACGAUGCGAAACAAUAUCAAAAUCGAGAAGUCACUACCAAAGAACUUGAAUAUAACUUCGCAAGAGGCGGUUACUGAAAUCGUCGGGAAUUUUAAGAAGAUAUACAUGGGAGAUGGUGACAGCUUUGGAGAUUUAGUGAGUUUAUCAAAAUGGUAUGGGGAGCCCUACCUCAACUAUCCUUCUUUAGAAGAAACAGAGUUGAUACUGAAGAGUAGUAAGCAACCGAUUUACAAUUAUUUGUUUAAUUAUUCCGGCUGGCGGAACCUACCGAAGUUAGGUGGUGGGUCUGCGUACAAAGAUGUCCCGGGAGCUACACAUGCCGAUGAUUUAUUUUAUAUGUUUUCUCAAGAAUGGUUGUCUGGAUUUUUUGAAAACAAAAUGAUAGAAAGAAUAACUACUUUGUGGACGAACUUUGCGAAAUACGGCGAUCCAACUCCUGAAGCGACUGAUCUUCUCCCAGUCAAGUGGUAUCCAACUAAUUUGACUACGCCGAUGAACUUCGUUCUGGACGAAGCGUUCUCGACAGUUCCACUCUGGUACAACGAAGCUGUGAAGUAUUGGAAACAAGUGUAUCAGAAAUACCGAAGAAGAUACGUUCAGGAGAAUAUUGGUUAGGCUACGCCUUGAUAGAGCGGUGUGGGAAGCAAAGUAUAAGGGAUGAUCUACCAAGAUUCUGGUGAUCUGCUUCAAAAUAUAGUAAUGGAAUUCGUACAACGGGAGACUAUUUGGGUUUCAAUAGCAUUACAAUUACGUCCAUGAGCGACGGUAACCACUUACCAUCAGGUGGGCCGUGUGCUCGUCUGCCUACAAAACCAAUAAAUAAAUUAU